AGUCAUUAAUGUCAAAAAGUCACUGACUAGACUGCAUCAAAUACAUAAACAUUUAACAUUCUUGGAUAAUUUGUUUUUCUCCACGUUUAAGUUGAAAAGUGUGUGUGUUAUAUUUUUUGGCUGAAUGAUAGAUAACUAUGGCACCAGGUAAAAAGAAUGCUACACGUGGCAAACGUUCAAACCAUCACGUGCCAAAAAACUAUGCAGAAAGGAUGCAAGAUUUAAGUGUUCAAUCAUCAGAAGAAAGUGACACAACAAACAGUUCGGACGAUGAAGGUGCUGAAGCGGAGUUUUCUGUGAGCAUGUGGGAUUUAAAUCACUGUGAUCCGAAAAAAUGUUCCGGUCGCAAGUUACUGCGGCAUAACCUGAUAAAAAAUUUAAAAUUGGGCCAGAGGUUUCAAGGACUGGUACUCUCUCCUGUUGGUACCCAAUGUGUAAGUCCAAAUGACAAGGAUAUUAUUGAAAAGUUUGGUUUGGCAGUGAUAGAUUGCUCAUGGGCGAAAAUCGAUGAAACACCAUUCAGUCGUAUGAAAUCCCCACACCCGCGAUUACUGCCGUUUUUAGUUGCAGCGAAUCCAAUUAAUUACGGGAAGCCGUAUCAAUUGAGCUGUGUGGAAGCAUUGGCUGCAGCUAUGUUUAUUACUGGUCAUAAAAGGGAAGCAAAGUUUUAUUUGUCAAAAUUCUCAUGGGGCCACUCAUUUUUGGAAUUGAAUUCAGAAGCACUGGAUGCUUACGCUUUAUGUACUGAUAGUAAAAGUGUGCUCGAAGCGCAGACUAAGUAUUUACAAGACGUGGAAAAUGAAAAGGAUACAAGGUCAAUGUGGCCCUCAAGUAGUUCAGAUUCAGGAACAGAUAAUGAGACUAACAAGUUAUGAGUUAAGCAUAUUGGGGUAUACUGAUUUAUUGUUUAUUUAAAGUAUACUAAAGCCUAUAUGGUCAACUGAUUAUCAACUCCAUAUUGAUGCAUACAUUGAGUGAUGGAAGAAAACAUAAUAUUAUGGCUGUUAUGUAAACUCGAUAUUGAAUCUUGUUAAUAAAUACUUUGUAGUAUUGUUAUAUGAAAACCAAUUUUAUAAAAUUAUGAGGACAGUGAUUGACAGCUUUUAUUUGUAAUAAAAAUCUAUAAAUAUAUAUUUUAAA